CAGUGAGAUUUGGUGUUUUUUCAUGAAAAAAUAGACAUGAGCACACUUGCAGUCUCUCAUUCCAUGUUGCUCAACAUGUCCCUGAAUUUAAGACCACUUUCGUGCUGUUCUUUAUUGAGGAAAAACUACUGCAAUAAUGUUAGCCCCAGAUUUAAAACUCAAAAAGAAGCAUUAAAGUUUGGUAACAUUGGUAGCCAGGCCCAGGGCUGGCAUGAGCAACCAAUGCCAAGUAGAAAUAUUUUUUUUUCGUCAUUUGGUAGAAAUAGUGUUGAAACACCAGAAGGAACUAGCAUUGGUAAAUUAGAAAAACUUAAAAAGCAUGACCACAUUACAUCUGGUCCACCAUUAGAACAUUUUAUUGCUAACAGCAGACUGCGAAAUGGUUCAGUUGCAAGAGAAAGUGAGCAGUAUGUGCCAUAUUUAUCAGCUGAAUCCACCAGUGGAUAUGGAAGGAAAGUAUAUUUCCAAACGUAUGGAUGUCAGAUGAACUUCAGUGAUGCGGAGAUUGUUUGGUCAGUCUUGCAGAAGAAGGACUUCACCAAGAUUGAUGAUGUCAAAGAGGCUGAUGUUAUUUUAGUGAUGACCUGUGCAAUUCGUGAAGGAGCUGAAGAGAAAAUAUGGAAGAGGUUGGAAUAUUUCAAAAACUUGAAAAGAAGACGACAGAGAGAAAAGUCAAAACCUCAGCUUAGAAUUGGAAUCUUAGGGUGUAUGGCUGAGCGGUUGAAAACGAAGAUAGUAGAGAGGGAGAAGCUUGUGGAUGUGGUGUGUGGACCAGAUGCGUAUCGGGAUCUGCCCAGACUUCUGGCCGUCACUCAACACGACCAAGCUGCAGUAAAUGUUUUGCUUUCACUGGAUGAAACGUAUGCAGAUAUUAUUCCUGUCAGAAUGAACCCAGAAACGUCUUCAGCUUUUGUGUCAAUAAUGCGAGGCUGUGACAAUCUUUGUACAUACUGUAUUGUUCCCUUCACGCGGGGUCGCGAACGAAGUCGACCAAUGGAAUCUAUCCUACAGGAAGUGAAAUACCUGUCUGACCAGGGUGUUAAGGAGGUAACACUGCUGGGUCAGAAUGUGAACAGUUACCAAGAUAAAUCAGAAAUGAGCUCUCCCAUUGGUGGAUUGAACGCUGUGUCUCCGUCAAUGAGUGCUGGUUUUUCUACCGUGUAUAAACCUAAACUGGGAGGACGGCGAUUCAGUGACCUGCUCGACAGAGUCUCACAGAUCAACCCUGAGAUGAGGAUCCGGUUCACAUCACCUCACCCGAAAGAUUUUCCAGAUGACGUGUUAUCAGUUAUUGGUGAUCGGAGGAAUAUCUGUAACAAUUUACACCUUCCAGCACAGAGUGGAAACAACGCCGUGUUGACUGCGAUGAGACGAGGGUACACCCGAGAAGCCUAUCUAAAUCUGGUCCAUCACAUCAGAGACGUUAUUCCAGAUGUUGCCUUGUCAAGUGACUUUAUAUCUGGGUUUUGUGGUGAGACGGAGCAGGCUCACAAUGACACACUGUCUCUAAUCCGAACUGUCCAAUACACAUUUGCCUUCUGUUUCCCUUACAGCAUGAGAGAGAAAACGCGGGCCUUCCACCGAUUACACGAUGAUGUCCCUGAUGAGGUGAAAUCAAGACGCCAUCUUGAACUCGUGUCAGCAUUUAGAGAGGAGUCUCUGAAACUUCAUCAAGAUCAGAUUGGAAGUGUACACUUGGUACUUGUAGAGGGGGUCAGUAAACGUUCUGCAGAGGAGCUUGCAGGUAAAAAUGACGCCAAUGUGAGAGUGAUAUUUCCAAAAGAAGCAGUGCCAAAUCAGUCAAACUCCAUCCAACACAGAGAAAUUAAACCUGGGGACUAUGUAGCAGUCAAGAUUCUUUCAGCAAGUUCUCAAGUUUUAAAAGGAGUUCCAUUGUUCCAUACUAGCCUUCAAAACUUCCAAGCUGACAUUGUAGAUGUGAACAUUGAUGACGUCGCUUCAGCUGUGUGAAACUGUUGUGUGCAUCGCUUCUCACCGGAUUGUGCAGCAGUAACCUCAAGUAGACUCUACAGACACAAUGUUCAGUGCAUUCUACAAGUAUUCACUUCUUUAGAGCAGCUUUAUGCUUAACCAGUUUGGUUUUUCGUUUCAUAGAUUUUCAUUUUAUUAUUCAGGCAGUAAUACAGGUGUAGACAGUAAAUUGACAGCUGUGCAGUUGUUUUAUAGACUACAGUUGUGCAAUACAGUAAAUUCUACCCUGCAUGGUUCAUUAGAACAGCAGCUAUGCAUUACAGAAAAUGUUCCAUCUCUGUGGUUCAUUAGAACAGAGCUAUUCAUUACAGAAAAUGUUCCACCUCUAUGGUUCAUUAGAACAGCUACAUGUAUUGAAUGCAGUCACUUCUUAGUGAUAUACUAGUUUAAUGGAACUAUCCUGAGUUGUAGCCAUUGUAAUAUGUUGUUGGCUAAAAUAAAGGAUUUUUAAUGACUAUA